AUGGGAGAUUCUUCAUCACCCUCUAAUAAUUCUGGAACCAUUGUUGCACCUGCAGCAUCUGCUAUGGACUCCAGUCACCCCUAUUAUCUUCACCCCUCUGAUUCUCCUGGAAUGAACCUCAUAAGCACUGUGUUUGAUGGACGAGGUUUUCCUGGUUGGAGGAGAUCGAUCUUGAUAGCUCUUUCAGCUAAGAGGAAGCUAGGCUUCAUCAAUGGCACCUGUCAAGCACUAGUUUCCGAUGCUUCUGAUUCUUCUCAAUGGAAUUGUUGUAAUGACAUGGUAACCUCUUGGUUACUCAACUCGUUGUCUAAAGAGAAUGAAGAUAGUGUCAUUUAUUCCAACUCUGCUAAGGAACUUUGGGAUAGCCUCGAACAAAGGUUUGGAAAGUCUAAUGGUACUAAGCUUUUUCACCUUCAAAAGGAACUUAAUGGAUUAGUGCAAGGUAAUUCUGAUAUAUCAUGUUAUUUCACUAAAUUGAAACAUUUAUGGGAUGAGUUGGACUCUUUAAAUGCAGAUAUUACAUGUUCUUGUGUCUGCGUUUGUAAUGGAAAAUCCAAAAUCUCUAAGUCUUUACAGGAUCAAAGACUUAGUCAGUUCAUAAUGGGUCUAAAUGACACCUAUGGUCAAGCCAGAGGUACCAUUCUAAUGAUAAAUCCACUUUCAGGGAUGGAUCUUGCAUAUUCUCUGUUAUUACAGGAUGAAAAUCAGAGGAAAAUCUAUCAACAUACUCAAACUGCUCCAGACUCAUUUUCCUUCAUUGCAGUAAAUCAUGGAAAUCAUAAUCAUAGUUCUGGUUCUCCAAAUCUUAGAAAUGGAAAUGGUAAUCAGAAUUUUAGAAAUGGAUAUAGUGGUCAGAAGUCUGGUGUCUAUCCUCAGAAACCUGAUUUUCUUUCUCAAAGAUCUGGCAUCAAUACACAAAGAACCAGAGGGAAGAAAAGCAAGUACAACCCAAAUGUUACCUGUACAUAUUGCUUCAGAACUGGACAUGUCAUGGAUGAUUGCCAUAAACUGCAUGGGUACCUUUAG